UCUUUAUUUAUUUAUUUAUUUUGUUUUUUUUCAUUUCCAUCCAUUCCUCUUCAUUUCGCGUCGCUUUUUGGCGGUUUUGAGCUUUUCAGUUUCGAACAUUCGCUCGAAUUUCUCUCUCUUUCUCACAUGCACGCACACUCUCUCCCUCUGUCUGAGUAGGUAAUGAUGCAUGCAGUGUUGCUUAUUUGGAAAUGGAUCCAGAAGCAAAUUUGAAUAAGAAGUUUGCCAAUAUGAAAUGUCAAACGGUAAAAGCAGGUGAAUCUUGUGUUCCUUCGUUGGAAGAUGAAACCGUAGAAGUGCAGCAUUUACUUACAGAAGCUAAACCUGAUAAUGCCCCUGGAGAUGGUGCAUUAUGUUUUGGUAAGGAGAAUGCAUGGAAGCACUUGGAGAUUGAAGAUUUCUCUUAUGGAUUUGAGUAUGGCCUAAGAAGAAAUUGUGGUGGGCUAGAUUGUAAUAAUGCUCAAGGACAAGAUGAUUUAGAGCUUGGAGUCCUUGAUGGGCUGCUGGAUGAAGUUGAUGAAGUAGAUGAUAUUCAUGCGGCAAAUGACAUAUCUGGGGCGUGUGAAGAUUUUCUUUUGGAUGUUGAAUUGGCCGGGAAGAUUUCUGACCUGGAUUUUGCUCACCGUGGAGGAUUGCAUUUGGGAAACUCAAGUUCAGAAAGUCAAUCUCCAGGAUUUAGUGGAAGUAGCAAUGGUGCUCAUGGGUUAUCAGAAUCAUCAACAGCUACAAUUCCAGAUUCUGAAUGCAAGAAUGGUUCAGUUGAGAACAAAACAGUCAAAUGUGAGUUAAAUGACUCAUCUGGUGACAAUGUGUUUACUACUUCACAUGAUUUAGAAAAUAGUGAUGAGCUGGAUGAUGCAAAGCGUUUAGAAAGUGGAAUAUCGUCUGAUGAUAAUGAAAAGAAACCUAUCCAAGCAAGCAAAAUGAGCACUCUUCUCAGACAGAAGAGAUCGCGCAAGCCUACCAAGAGAUAUAUUGAAGAAUUUUCAGUUCCUAAGUCCAAACAUGCACUAGAAAGGCAAAAAAUUUUGGCUUCUGAGACAAAGUAUAAAUGCCUGACUAUUGGAUCCCAUAAUGAACUUCCUCAUGGGAGGGGACAGACAUUGAUCAAAGUAGAGUCUUUAAGUGAGACUAUUACACAAGAAACACUUGAAGAUGAUGAAAAACUUUCAGAUCUGAAGUCAAAGUGUAUGACUAGAAGGCUAAAAAUUUCUUCUGCUUCAAAUGGUAAACAUUCAAAGACUGGAUCUCGGAAUGAGCUUUGUCAUGUGAGAGGGCUCAAAUCUGCUCCCAGGGAUUCUUUGGCAGGAACUAGUACUCAAGCAUCAUUUGAUUCUCGACCACGAAGGGGACGUCCCAAGAAACGCCCAUAUGUUUCAGUAGGAAAAAUGACCCUUGAACGUGAUGAUGAACAUGCUGCAUCUGAGUCUGAAGAUGACCAUACAAAGAGAAGAAAAUCAAAGAAGAGUGCUGAUCGAAGGAAGCAUCAAAGAAUGUGGACUCUUUCUGAGGUGAUGAAGUUGAUUGAUGGUAUUGCUCAAUAUGGAACUGGGAGAUGGACUGAUAUAAAGAAGCUUUUGUUUUCAUCCUCUGCAUAUCGCACACCUGUGGAUUUGAGGGAUAAAUGGAGAAAUCUUCUAAGAGCUAGCACUGUGCAGAAGCAGAAAAUGAAACAGAACAAGAAAGAGGUAGAACAAAAGUUGAAGCAUGCGAUGCGUCCUUUGCCAAAGUUGGUGAUACACCGAAUUCUUGAACUAGCAACUGUUCAUCCAUAUCCUAGGUUUACUCCUGGUGGAAGAUACAUACGUAGGAAGAAGAAUUGACAUGAAGAUCCAUUAAUGAGUCAGCACUAAAAUCAUAGAGGCAAAUUUAGUUGUAAAAAAAGAAGCUAUGGUUUAUUCAACUUUUUCUUUUUUGCCAUGCAUAUACGCAUUUAUGUUCUCAAAUCUUCAAAGAUAAUUGUUACAGAAUGUGGUGAAUGUUGCACAGGUCAGGUAGUGGCCCCAAAUAUCCAAUUGUAAUACCCGGGGUUAUGACUAACUGAUGCUCUUAAACAAGUGUAGCUUUUCUUUUUCAAACCUGAGUUGUUUUAUAUUAUUGUUUCUUCCUUUUUCUUU